AAAGCAAUAUAUCUUGAUGUUUAUAUUACUUCAGUUUAGAAAGAAUUAAAUUUAUAUCUUGUAAUCAAAUUUAAUUGUAUUAAAACUACAGCUGUGCAUUUAAAUUGUGCUUCUUAGAAACGGCAGUGUAUGUACAAUAUCUAUAAAUGCGUGGAGGUUAAUGUAGAGUCGGUUAAGAAGAACUCCAAGAAUGACCGGGGCAACGGAAACUGAAGAAGUGAGCCUCACUUCCGUCAUUUCGGUCUGUGCCUGCCGGAUAUGCCAGACUGCCAAGAGCAGGGAGGAACUGAUAUCACCCUGCAACUGCAAAGGUCAAUUCCACGACCAUUGCAAUCACAUCAGAAAAAUUAUGUUAGAAAUUAUUAAUAAAUUUCUCACGGUAAGAGGACAUGGAAUAGAAAAUUUGAAAAGUCUACAUCUUCCAUACGAUAGAAAAUUGAUGAUCUCCAUUUUGGAGGAUCGAAAAAAUCAAACAGUCGUUAAAAUGUUUUGGGAUACGCAGUUUCCAACAGGCACACUGGGGAAGGUGCACUUGAGCUGCUUGGAAAGAUGGCUCAACAUGUGCGGGCGCCAAUAUUGCGAGAUAUGCAGGUUCCAAUUCCAGGCUGUCAGGAAGAGGCGGUACGGAAUUUGUCAGUCGAUAAGGGUCUGGAUUCGACACCCUCGACACGGGAUGCUGCUCAGAUCUGACCUGAUCGUCGCAACAAUCCUUACGAUGGUGACCCUUGGCUUGGCCACUGUCUGCCUCCUGGGCAUGAGGUACUUCGUCACCGAAGGACUCAAGUUGGGAGUACCGGCGCUGUACUCUCAGCCGGACAAAUUGCGUUGCCGUUUAGAAAAGACGGAGGUUGGAGACGUCGGGGAGCCGGAGGAUCAAUGCAGAGCGCGCCUCCUGCAAAUGUGGGGAGUGCCCGUCUUCUUUUGGCCUGGAGUGAUACUCAUGUUCUUGACAGUGAUCGUUCUUGGGUACUUGGCGACGCUGUACCUGAUGGCGAAGGACCACGUGCUGCCCUGGUACCGCUGGUGGUCCAGGUGCAUGAUCAUCAGCAUCAUCGUCACACCGACUCCUGGAAGGGAGGAUAUCCUGGAAGAGGACGAGCAUGACCACUGCGAAGAGAGAGUAUGACAUUGACAUCCCGACGUGCGCUUUUAGAUUGCUUUCUCCAUUGAAGAUUCCAAUUUCUUAUACGACUCAAAAUAAAGCAUUAAUUUUUCUUUU